CCCUUGUGAGCUGGCGUCCCGGGUGGCAGCUCUCUUUCGGGAACCCAGCCGGCCUCAGGCUCCCGAGGAAGGGAUGCUCGGCGAGCGGUGGGAGGAGGUAUUGGCCGAGCUCCUUAGGGCCGCCGCCUCCACCCUGCUGCCCUCGUCCACUUCUCGGGCGCCCAGUACCCCGAGUUUGCCGGGUCCCACGCCCUGGCCCGAUGGACCCUUGUGCCGCGGAGCCUCGCGCCGAAACCGCAGGCAAAGUUAUAUGGUAUCCAGGAGAAAGAUGUCUUGCACCUUCUCCAGAUAAUGAAAAUCUUUGUGAAGCAACCAUAAAGUCUGUUACAGUGGAUGAACAUGGAAAGUCAUUUGCAGUCAUCUUUUAUUCAGAUUUUCAAGAGAGGGAAGUACCUCUUAAAAGACUUCAAGAAGUAAAACCUGUUAAAGACUACUCCAGGAACUUCAUAUUUGAUGAUGAAGAUUUGGAAAAGCCUUAUUUCCCAGAUAAAAAAUUUCCUUCAUCUGCUGUUGCCUUUCAGUUAUCUGAAGAUGGAGACACUAUUCCUUUUACUAUUAAUAGGUAUCUGAGAGAUUACCAAAGAGAAGGAGCCCAGUUUCUUUAUGGACACUUCAUCCAAGGAAGAGGAUGUAUUCUUGGUGAUGAUAUGGGACUGGGAAAAACGGUACAGGUCAUUUCAUUUUUGGCUGCAGUUUUACACAAAAAGGGAACUCGUGAAGAUAUUGAAAAUAACAUGCCAGAGUUUUUAUUAAGAAGUAUGAAAAAGGAACUGUCUUCUACAGCAAAGAAGAUGUUCUUAAUAGUUGCUCCUCUUUCUGUCCUCUAUAAUUGGAAAGAUGAAUUGGACACCUGGGGAUAUUUCAGAGUUGUUAUUUUACAUGGUAACAAAAAAGAUCAUGAAUUGAUUCGAAUAAAGCAGAGGAAAUGUGAAAUUGCCCUAACAACUUAUGAAACACUGCGGUUAUGUCUGGAUGAACUUAACAGUUUGGAAUGGUCUGCUGUCAUUGUGGAUGAAGCUCAUAGAAUCAAGAAUCCUAAAGCCAGAGUGACAGAAGUUUUGAAAGCUUUAAAAUGUAAAGUUCGUAUUGGUCUUACUGGAACCAUUCUUCAGAACAAUAUGAAAGAACUGUGGUGUGUAAUGGAUUGGGCUGUGCCAGGACUCUUAGGUAGCAGAACAUAUUUCAAGAAGCAGUUUUCUGAUCCAGUAGAACAUGGUCAGAAACAUACAGCAACAAAAAGAGAAUUAGCUACAGGCCGAAAGGCCAUGCAAAAUCUUGCCAAAAAGAUGGCUGGCUGGUUUCUCAGGAGAACCAAGACACUCAUUAGAGAGCAGUUGCCUAAAAAGGAGGAUCGGAUGGUGUAUUGCUCUCUGACAGAUUUUCAGAAAGCUGUCUAUCAGGCAGUGCUAGACACGGAAGAUGUAACUCUGAUACUUAAAUCAUCUGAACCUUGUACGUGUAGUAGUGGCCGGAAAAGGCGAAACUGUUGUUAUAAGACCAAUUCAAAUGGGGAAGAAAUAAAGACCUUAUAUUUCAGUUACCUCACAGUCCUGCAGAAGGUGGCAAACCAUGUUGCAUUACUGCAGGUUGCUAGUGCUUCCAGACAGCAGGAAACGCUUAUCAAACGGAUAUGUGAUAAAGUGUUUUCUAGAUUCCCAGAUUUUGUGCAGAAAAGCAAAGAUGCAGCCUUUGAAACACUUUCUGACCCAAAAUACAGUGGAAAAAUGAAGGUUCUUCAGCAGCUUCUAAGUCAUUGCAGGAAAAACAGAGAUAAAGUUCUUCUUUUUUCUUUUUCCACCAAGUUACUUGAUGUGCUGGAGCAGUAUUGUAUUGCAGCUGGGCUUGAUUACCGUCGACUUGAUGGAAGAACCAAAUCAGAGGAAAGGAUCAAGAUUGUGAAAGAAUUCAACAGUACAGAAGAAGUGAAUGUCUGCCUAGUCUCCACAAUGGCUGGUGGUCUAGGUCUCAACUUUAUUGGUGCUAAUGUUGUUGUAUUAUUUGAUCCUACUUGGAAUCCAGCCAACGAUCUUCAAGCUAUUGACAGAGCAUAUAGAAUUGGGCAGUGCAGGGAUGUCAAAGUGCUUAGGCUGAUAUCCUUGGGAACUGUGGAGGAAAUCAUGUACUUACGACAAGUAUACAAGCAGCAACUUCACUGUGCGGUGGUUGGAAGUGAAAAUGCCAAGCGUUAUUUUGAAGCAGUUCAAGGGUCAAAAGAACAUCAAGGAGAACUUUUUGGUAUCAAGAAUCUCUUCAAAUUAAGAUCCCAAGGGUCUUGUCUUACGAGGGACAUUUUGGAGAGAGAAGGCCAAGUGGAAGCAGGUGUCAUGACAGCCACUAUGUGGUUGAAAGAAGAACCUGGAGCACAGAGACUGGAAGUGCCUCAAGAACUGAACUGUGAAGAACACAGAAGUGCAGCGGAGCCCACAGAACUACUGGGCAAAGAAUCUUUUGAUCUCCUUAGUGAUUUUAGUGAGGAUGAAUCAGAGGGAAACUCAAGAAUAAAGACUAUUGCAAACAAAUCAUUUAAUUCAAGUAAAGCUCUGGGUCCUCCUGGCCAACCUACCUUACUCCAGUGUGGUUUUUCUAAGUUAUUUGAAGUACAAUGUAAAACAGUUAAGGACAAUGGGGGAAAUAAUGUCUCUCUUGAUGAAAGUUCUGAUGAACAGUCUAUAACCAGUGAUAUUAAUUGUCAAGAAAAUCCUGACUCUCUUGGAACUUUAAAACAUCAGAACUUUGGUGCUGUCCUAAGCCCACCUGAGAAAUGUAUUUUAUUAAAAAAUGAGAAAAUACUAGAACAGAAUGCUUCUUUUGAGUCUGAUGGUAAAAAGAAAUUUAAAAAUACAGCUGACCUACAAGAUGCCAUAGAAUCAGAUGAAAGUGAUGUUAUUUUUCCCACACAGUAUACUAUUGGAAAAUUACCUACAAAUAAUCAAAAGUUAAAGCCACUCAUGGACAGCUCUGAAGAUUCUGAAACAGAAAAUUCUGUAAAAAUAAGAAAUAGUGGUGAUGAUAGAAACACUAAUGUCAGAGGAAAUGGACUAAUUUCAAUGCAGUUAAAUCCAGAGAACAUGCCCUUGAAACCUCUUCUGAAAAGAAAAAGCACCAGUGAUAUUAGUGAUGAAUCCGAUGACAUUGAAAUUUCCCCCAAGUCCAGAGUAAGAAAGCAAAGAAGUACUCGUGCUUUGAAGUUUAAGAGAAACCAAGAAAAUAAAAGAGAGCUGAAAGUAAAGAAAACAAACCCAGAGUGUACAAGUGAAUGUUGUAGCUCUCAGGAUAUCGAUGAUUAUCAGUCUUCAGAUGAUUCAUCUGCCAGCUAUAUUAAUUUCUCUGAACAGAGCCAAAGACCAAAAACUGUAAAAGAAAGAAUGAGUUUUUCUUCAAAAUUGUCCACCCCUAAGAAAAAGACCACUUUCCUACCAAGGAAAUCACUGAAAAUUUCAAAUAAGACAGUUUCUAAUCAAGAACAAAUAUGUGAAUCAAUGGACAAACUUUUAGAUGGCGUUCAGGAAGUGGCUUACAUUCACUCAAACCAGAAUGUAAUUGGAUCAAGCAAAGCUGAAAAUCACAUGAGUCAUUGGGCUGCUCGUGAUGUAUUUGAAUUGAAGCAAUUUUCUCAGCUUCCUGCUAAUAUAGCUGUUGGCACUUCUAAGACAUAUAAAGAACAACGAACAGUAGAUACAUUGACACGUAUAAAGAAAGACCAACAAUCAAAUGAAGAAAAUAUUUCACUUCCCAUUUAUCUUUUACAUCCUGUCUGCCAGAAGAAAAAAGAAAUUUACCAUACUGAGCAAACUACCUUCAUAAUAGGAGAAACACCAAAGGGAAUCCGCAGAAAGCAGUUUGAAGAAAUGGCUUCUUUUAACUUAUCAUCUGUAAAGGAAUUUGCUGAAUGUAUAGCUAAUGCCACUUCAGAAGAACGACAGAAAAUGCUGAAAGAUUUUCAUGCUUCUCAGCAUUUGGAGAUAAAAGAAUUUUUAAUGGAUUCUGCCUCAAAAGUUACUAAAUUUACCAAUGAGGAAGGAGCAAGAGGUAGAAAUAAGUUUGUAAAAAAAGAAUCUCUUAUAAAAGAUAAGUUUUCAAAAUCCAAAACUAUAUCACACAAAGAUUCUGCUAAAAAAAAAUCUCCAGUUUGCAAGCAAGAAGUUUAUCAGGGAAAAUCAAAGCUCGAAGAUAAUGGUUCUUGGAGAGAAGAUCUUUAUAAUGUUGCAGAAGUUAAAAAAUCUAACCAUAAAACUGAUAGUGAGAAUGCCAGCCAAGCUUCCAAAAGAAAUGUACCAUCUUGUUCCCCGAGUAAUAAAACUGAAGCUUAUGAGAGAAAGUUUAAAGGGACCAUGAAACACCAACAGGCCUUAAGAACAGACGUUCCAAGAAAGGAACAGCUUUUCAAAAUAGAAAAUAAAAAAAUAGAAAAUGCAGGGUUAGAAAACACUUCUGUGGAGCACUUGCUUGGUGAUACCUCUGUUCUUGAAGACCUCUUUAAAAGUCACCAAACCAAUUCCACACAGCUGCCAAAGAAAAUUCUUUCGGGACCCAUGAAAAAAACAAAACAGAGAUCAAAAGAUUUCUGGGACAUCUUGAAUGAACAGAAUGACGACAGUCUCAGUCAACUCACUGACUUGGCAGUAAUAGAGACUCUGUGUGAAAAAGUGCCCCAUAGUACAUCUUCUAAAAAAAAAGAGGAACUACAGACUUCUCUUUGGAAAUCAAAUGAGAACUUUUUGUGGAAAAAAAUUAGCUCAAGUGAUGAGGUUGAAAACACUACCAACAUAAAAGAGUAAUUCAUAAAUGAAAUUACUAUGCCAGUGAACUGCCAUCCAUUUUUUGCAAACAUUGUUUUCCCUGUGUUAACCUGAACACAUUGUCACUAACCAAUAUAUUGUCAAC